AGUUUCUGUUCUGUCUUUUUCUUUCGGUUGUUGAGAUUUUUAAUGGAUCUUUUGUCGGUGGAUUUGCUUGCCGUUUCCUCUAUUUUCGGUUUCCAAUAGGGUUUCUCUGAUCUGGGUUUUGAUUUUUCUGCUUGUGUGAACUGGUAUUGAUUUGAAAUUUUUGCUGAGAUUUGAUUGAUUAAGGAACCUGUGAAUUCGAGGUUAAGAAGCUGGAAACUUUGAACUUGCUUCCAGUUUAGGAUCCUUUGAUUAACGCCUAUAUACGGUUUUAAUAGUUUUGGGUGACUAAGCUUUUUGGAUAUGAAGUCAAUGAGUCUCUACUAAACUUCAUUUGGUAUGGGAAAUGAUUUAAAAGUUUAAAGGUCGAUGGGCUGUUUGGUCGGGCAGAGGUUUCGUGUUGAAUCGAAUCCCUGUCAUGGUUCACUUGGAAAAUAAAGAAUCCCCGUUUGUAGAUUGUCAUCGGUGGCCUGCCCGGUGGGUAGGUGAAUCUAUUACACAUCCGAAAGCUUUGAUUUUCCAAUGCAAUCAUAUAUCACUCGGGGUAUAGAUGACAUGGCGGGCGGAUGGAUUCCCGGGCGGAGAGAAUACGAUAUAGCCCGUGAGCUAAUGUUGAAGGAAAUGGCUUUGCCCAUGAACUGAAUGCGCUCAUUUUACUUAUUUCACUCAUUUGCCUUUGGUCUUGCUCCUUGUAUCGGCUCUAGAUCAACCCAUGUCGAUAUUUUCCUGAAUGUUGUAGGCUGAUGUCUCUACUUCUGCUCCAUAUUGUCCCAUACUUAGCCCUUUAGUUGCAUCCCGAAGACGAGGCAAGAGGCUCACAACUUCAUCUGCUGUUUAAAGCUUCGAAAUGCCGAAAGAGAGGAGAGAUCGUUCCGUAUCUCACGACAGAUACAGAGGAUCCCCGUUGCGUUGUGAUUCUAGCCGUACUCUUCAUGCUUCUCCGAAACCUACCGAGGAGAACAUUAAGGAAUGGGAAGAUGCUCGGUGCUCUGUCUGCAUGGAGCAUCCUCACAAUGCCGUCCUUCUCAUAUGUUCUUCUUACGAAAAUGGUUGCCGGCCAUACAUGUGCGACACUAGCUACCGCCAUUCUAACUGUUUGGACCAAUUCCGCAAAUCUUUCAAAGAGACACCGACAUCAUCAACAACCCAACAAGAGGAAGCUGAUGGAGCAACUGCGGUACCGGAUGUAGCUCCUGAAUUAACCGACGUGAAUCCGAGGGAAGGUGGGAGUGAAGCAGAUACAGGUUCUAGUGGUGAUCUGGAGAAAGCCAAGCCCGAGCUUACAUGCCCGCUAUGCCGUGGGCAAAUAAAGGAGUGGGUCAUUGAGGAGGCUGCUCGAUGCUUCAUGAACUCGAAGAAAAGGAGCUGUUCUUGCGAGACGUGCGAUUUCAGUGGCACCUAUUCUGAUCUGAGAAAGCACGCAAGGAUUCAGCACCCGACAGCUCGUCCAUCAGAGGCCGACCCGGAAAGGCAGCGGAGUUGGAGGAGGUUAGAACGGCAGAGAGAUUUGGGAGACCUGCUCAGCACUCUCCAAUCUUCUUUCGGUGGAGAAGAAAGAGAAGAUGAUCAUGGGAUUCUGUCUUUCGACGACGGCGGGUGGCUUACCGUCUUUUUCCUCAUCCGGGUGUUCAGACCGGGGUCAAGUAGUAGCCCACGGAGGAGUAGUAGUUGGUCAGGUACAUCAAGAGCUAGGUCGCAAAUAGGAACCAGGAGACGCUCUACUCGGCUUUGGGGUGAAAGCUACGAGGGAGAGAGCGGGCCGUCGUCUAGAAACGAUGGGGACAAUCUGUCUUCGGACGAUGAAUCCGGCUCUAGGAGGCGUCGUGUCAGAAGAAGAACGUUCGUGGAGGAGGACGAACCCUGACGAUGAAGGCCUGAAUCUCGGUACCGAUCUUGUUGUCUUCUUCUUCCUCUGGGAUUCGUAGGUAAGCUUCAUAGUUGACGCAUCACAUCCAUCAAACACGACAAAGCUGCCAUCUUUUCUGCCUCGUGUUUGCUCAGGAAUUGGCAGGGGGAUAUAGAGAGAGAGAGAGAGAGAGAGAGAGAGAGAAUUGGAGGAGAAAGGUGAAAAGCUUUGUAGUGAAAACCGUUGGUGAAAGCUCUGUAUUUGCUGAAACUUAUGUAUUGGUGUCGCAGCAGUAGCAUCACUCGUCUGCUUUCCUUUUUCAUUUCCCGAAUUCAAUAAAUUUGUCGCUUGUAUUUUUC